AGAAAUAACAGAGAUAAAAAAUAAAUUAUCUUCUAAUCCACCACCACCAUCAGAGGCAAUACAAGCAGACACCCUCCACUCUGCUCCAUGGUGUUUGUUCUGCUGUUUGUUCCGCUGUGGUGUCCGCCAGGCCAGUCCACCUCUCCCAGCACUCCCUGCCCCCUCCGCCCCCCCUUGCCCCGGGAAGAGGAGGAGGAGGAGGAAGUGCAUUUGGCUGAUAGUGAAGAGGCCCUGCUCCGCCACCUGGUCCCCCUGCUGGCCUCCCCCCACCCCGCCUGCCAGGGAGCAGCCUACAGCCUGCUACAUACAGCCCUACCGGCCCUCAUUGGCUCAUGGGAUGGCAGGCAGCAACCAAUCACAGAGGAUGGCGAGUUGCCAGUUAGACCGUUACCGCACACCCUUAUGUGGAUACUGGGAGAGGUGAAGGAGGGGGCAGCUGGGCAGUGGGGGGCUGGGGGAGAGUUGCCCCCCCACUCUCCCCAAUUUCCAAGUGUGGUUGGUUACUUACUGGGCUGGAGGUUGAUCUUUCACGCUCUCACUCUGACCUCUGACCCCAACCAACACCAGUACUGCGCCUUCCUCAGAGAUAAGGGCUACAUUCCAUCACUCCUUGACAAUUUAUUCGCCCUGAUGCCACUUAAGCCUUUAGUAAGUGGUGGUGGUGGCAGCAGCAAUGGCGGGGGUGGCAGCAGCAGUGGUGGUGAUGACAAGACAAAUGGUACCUUCUUCAACACACCUCUAAUUAUCACACCCACAGCCACAUCAAAGCCACAGUUUGCACCACACUUGGCCUGCCAGGUUUACUACAGUGCAGUGUGUGGUGUGCCGGCCCUGGUGCGGCAGUGGUUCCUAGCACUGGAGCGGCCCUGCAUGGUGUGUGUGGAUGCCUUCACUGCCACCUUUGUGUCCCCAGUCCUCAUCCAGCAGGAGAUGGCAGCCAUUAGUGCUUCCUCUGCUGGCCUGGACAAUAUGACUAUCAAAUACCGGCCAGGAGCAAGGGAGGUGGUUGCCAGCUACACAGUGGAUGAGGCACGGAUGGAACUUGUCCUCCGCCUGGCUGCCAACCAUCCACUGGGCACUGUAACAGUGGAGGACCACAAGCGGAUAGGUGUUCCACUGGCACAGUGGCGGAACUGGUUGUUAGGGUUAACAACAAUGUUGUCCCACCGUAACACUGCACUUCACCACUCCCUUGCCUUCUGGAAGCAGAAUGUAGAGAAGAAAUUUAAAGGACUGGAGGAAUGCUACAUCUGCUAUUAUGUCAUACACAGCCAGUCACACCAGCUCCCCAAACUCCUGUGUAGAACGUGCAAGAAAAAGUUCCACUCUGCUUGUCUGUACAAGUGGUUCAACAGCAGCAACAACUCAACCUGUCCUCUCUGCCGCAGCCUCUUCUAAACUUAUGGACAGACAGACAGAGAAAUAGACAGAUAGAUACACAGAGAUAGACACAGAAAGACAGAGACAUAGAGACACACAGGAGGAUAGAGACACACAGAUAGACAGACACACAGAAGAAUAAGCACAAACAAAUAGUGACACACAAAUAGAUAGACAGGCACACACACACACACACACACACACACACACACACACACACACACACACACACACACACACACACACACACACACACACACACACACACACACACACACACACAAA